UUUACACAAAUUUGUUUUCUAUUGAUAAGAAAGAAAUAAUAUUGAGAAAAUUAUUUCAUAGAAUGCGUCGUGAAAUAUUUGUAGAUCGGGCGUAAAAUCGAAUUUUCAAUGUGUAUUAAAAGCUGUGAUUUCGAAUCUCUAAAUAAUUAUCCUCGGUUUAAUCCAAAUUAAUCGAAAAUUAAAAUCGCAACACAAACAAAAAAGAAAUAGAAGAGUUUGUCCUUCAAGACAGAAUCGAAUAAGCCUUGAAAAUGUCCUCUGAAUAUAUUACAAGUCAGCCACAAAAAACGGGCACCGUUUAUCGGUUUAUUCGCGUUCCAGAAUUAAACCAAAACUCAAACACUGUUGUACUGAUAAAGAAUCCAACAACAACCGAAUCGAGCACAAUCACAAGAGUACAAAAGCAGGUUGAGCAAGUGACAGCGCCAAAAUUAAUAACGACAACGACAGAGAGCACAGGUGGAAAGAAGGUAAAAACUCGUCGUGAUGACUACAGACGUUUUCAACACAAUCAAAUCGAGCGUGCUCGACGAGAAAAGAUCAAUAAUUGGAUCAUGGAAUUGGGAAAAAUAAUUGAUGACAAUAGCGACAAUAGUGAUGACAAUACAAGUACUAAUAAUAAUCAAUCAAAUAAAAAUGGGGAGGCUCUUUCAAAGGGUGGAAUUUUAGAGAAGGCUUGUGAAUACAUUUCGCACCUCAAGUCAGUUAUUAAGUCUCAACAGCCAUCGUCAUCUAUUGAUGAACUCAACAAUGAAAUCAAGCGCCUAACAGAUGAAAACGAAUUACUUAAGUUCGAGAAUACGAUGCUCAAACGAAAAUAUCACAUGGAGGGUAUUGGAGAUGAUGAAGAUGAUUGUAUGAUUAAACGACCUAAAUCAGAGAGUGAUGACUUUAAACUUGGUAUUGAGUUCGAUGAUACGCUGCCAUGCGAUGAAAUUUCGACUUAAUUCAAUUAAUUUAAUUAAUUAAUCGAGACUAGACGUCUUCGUUGACAUUAUGAUCGCUCACUGUUUUAAAAAACAGACAAAGUUAUAUGACAAAACAUUAAUUAUGUUAAUCGAUGUUGGGAUGGAAUGGAUUCUUAUUUUCCCAUUCGAAAUAAGAAAAUUAAUCCUUAAUGAACAAUUAAAUAUUCCAAAGUUAUGUUUCAGAAUCUGAAAAAAAUGAAAUUAUUUAAACAAUUUUCCUUUCCAAGCCAACAUCAAACAUUAAAUAUAUUCUCAUUGUUGCUUUUAAAGCACAAUUGAAUUUAUCUUUAUGCUUUAUCGUUUUUCUAGUAAACGACAAAUUUAAGAAAUUUUAUUCUAUUCGAAUAUUAUUAGAGCGGAAGAAGAAGAAAAGAAUAAAUACUUAUUAGAAAUGGCCUGAAUUUAACAAUUAUGUCACAUAAACAGGAAACAUUUUAACAGAACUCUCUAUCUUUCCAUCUCUCUCUCUCUCUUCAUAUUUACUUUUCUUUUUCCACUUAAUAAUGUGGAGAAGAAUAAAUUAAUUGAUAAUUUAAUUUAAGGAAUAAGGAGAUUGUCUCCAUAGAGCGUGACAUAAUUUACGAACGAUACCAUUACGAAUAUUUAGCAAGUUUUUCUGAAAUAUUAGAAAGAUAAUGCGACUUAAUCUGACUUCAUAAUAUUUAAUCCCAUUGAGUACUUACUUACCUACAACUUUUUAUCAUAGACAGUCACAUUUAGUUUGUUUCGAUGUCUCUUGUUAGAUAAAUUUGACUUGUAAAAAACGAAAAAAAAUAUCACAACAAUUAUAAUUGAUUGUUUGUGGGAACUUAGAGCAAUAGAAAGUAUCUGAUUACUUAUACUGAAAUUCAAUUUCAUUUUUGUGUGCAAUACAUAAAUCUUCAAUGAAAGAAAAUGUUUAAUAAGCGAUAAUUCUCGUUCCUAGUUUUAGUGGGAUGACGCCUGAUGUUAAUUAUGCUUUAUUUCUGUUGUGAUCUUAUUGAUAAAGAAGAAAACAAAAUAUUUCGUGGUUCUGCAUGUAGUUGAUACAAUUAUUAUGUUAAAAAGGAAAAAAACAAUAUUGAUUGAAUAAAAUUCUUUUUUUUUAAGUUAUUUAAUCCGUUAAGUCAAGCAGACAACUUUAUGAAAAA